AUGAGUCGCACAGUUAAGGCCACAGAGCACUACUCGAUGUUCCUGAACACCUCUACAGCAGCGCACAGGCCAGCCUGCCUCCUGUGCAGCCGCAGCACCGAGGUGCGGGAAAAUAGCAACACCAAGCUUCCCGGUAUGGCGCAGGCCUCUCAGCCAGAAAGUACCAUCGAGGAGAAGCACGGCUACAGUAGUCUCCUGGAGAGCCACAUCGACACGGUGGCGACAAGCAGCACCCAGCGGAUCGCCACAGAGAGAAGGGACAGUGACUCGCAUACAGUCGCAGAGUACAGUGCGUUUAUUUGUGCAGAGGCGUCGGCGAUGGAGCCAUCUACAAGCGGUGCUGUGCAGUCGCAAGCCAUCAAAACAAGCGAAACGUGGCGUAGUGACACGUCUGCCACGACUGCCGCGGCCGUCAGCAUUGUUGAACCAUCCGCAAACAUGGUGCAUUCUACGCAGCAGAGCACGUGUGGAAUUCUUAACACGCCUACCACUUCAAGAAGUCGGAUGCCGUGCAGCGACCUCCACAGCUCGCGACGCGUGGAGAGGAAGGCACAGUUAUGUGGUCGCCCAGCAACCGAGAGCUCUCUUGACGACACACCGGUAUACAGCAUAUCUUUCAGCCGCACCAACACGCGCCACUCGUCACCCUCCACAAGAAUCAACGGGUCCUCGUACGCUGCAUCCGCACCAGGAGGCGAGUCUGGCUUUGGAAACCUCCUCCGUACUAACGUCGAAGCCUCAGCACUGGGUAGUGGUGAUGAUCUGCGAGGUUUUUUGGCUGAAUCAUUCCCUUCCAUCGCCUUCCCCGGCGCAUCCGUCCACCAGAACAGUGUUCUACCUGGUGGCACCAGCACCAAUGCAAAGGGCAGCUGUGCUUACCAAAACAUACGCUGUUCAAACUUUAUCCAGCAUUCUGCGAAUCAGCAUGGACAGCGCAAGACUCAUCUUCGAACCUCCGCAUCACUGCCACCAACCCCCAGCGCCACAACCUUGCUGAGAGAAUCCCCCGAUCACCGUCCCGCCUUUAGUGACGCUAACGUGAGGCGCAGCUUAUCAGAUGCGCUUGCAGCUCCUUUCGGAGACUCGUUCUCAAUGCACAACCUAACAGCUAAAGACAAUGACACAUCACAAACAAUCCACAGCCACCACCCUCCUCCGACGCACAGUACAACUGCCCCGGCUAUGGAGAAUUUCGGCAGCCUCGUUGAACACCACAGCGUCCACUUACGCGGUGGGUACGGCAGCGUGAUGGAGGGCGACAGCGCUGUGGCACCAGACGCGAGUCUUGCGUCGCGGUCGGCCGGUGGGUACGGCAGCGUGAUGGAGGGCGACAGCGCUGUGGCACCAGACGCGAGCCUUGCGUCGCGGUCGGCCGGUGGGUACGGCAGCGUGAUGGAGGGUGACAGCGCUGUGGCACCAGACGCGAGCCUUGCGUCGCGGUCGGCCGGUGGGUACGGCAGCGUGAUGGAGGGCGACAGCGCUGUGGCACCAGACGCGAGCCUUGCGUCGCGGUCGGCCGGUGGGUACGGCAGCGUGAUGGAGGGCGACAGCGCUGUGGCACCAGACGCGAGUCUUGCGUCGCGGUCGGCCGGUGGGUACGGCAGCGUGAUGGAGGGCGACAGCGCUGUGGCACCAGACGCGAGCCUUGCGUCGCGGUCGGCCGGUGGGUACGGCAGCGUGAUGGAGGGUGACAGCGCUGUGGCACCAGACGCGAGCCUUGCGUCGCGGUCGGCCGGUGGGUACGGCAGCGUGAUGGAGGGCGACAGCGCUGUGGCACCAGACGCGAGCCUUGCGUCGCGGUCGGCCGGUGGGUACGGCAGCGUGAUGGAGGGUGACAGCGCUGUGGCACCAGACGCGAGCCUUGCGUCGCGGUCGGCCGGUGGGUACGGCAGCGUGAUGGAGGGCGACAGCGCUGUGGCACCAGACGCGAGCCUUGCGUCGCGGUCGGCCGGUGGGUACGGCAGCGUGAUGGAGGGUGACAGCGCUGUGGCACCAGACGCGAGCCUUGCGUCGCGGUCGGCCGGUGGGUACGGCAGCGUGAUGGAGGGCGACAGCGCUGUGGCACCAGACGCGAGCCUUGCGUCGCGGUCGGCCGGUGGGUACGGCAGCGUGAUGGAGGGCGACAGCGCUGUGGCACCAGACGCGAGCCUUGCGUCGCGGUCGGCCGGUGGGUACGGCAGCGUGAUGGAGGGCGACAGUGGUUUUCCACUUUGUAGCCAAACGGGGAUCUCAGCAAUCCCUUCUGCUCUUACCGCAACUAUAAUCGAUGAAACCGCUUCGCGGAUGUGCACAGCGUUGUGGCGGUGCGGCAGAGGGGAUGCUGAGACUUUGAGCUCUAGCAUGGACCCUGCGGAGUUGACAGAGGCUCUUCAGCGACUGGGCGAAGGUCAAGGCUCCUGCGUGAAGGACAAUAGCGAGUGCACGUUUGGAGAAGUAGGAUGCUACUGUGGCACGGAAAGGCGCCGCACCUGCACCAUGGUGGCUACUACGCAAGCGCCUCGCCUUCUACAGCCAGCGCCUCCACUGGAGGCAAACUCACGAGGUCAGGCAUUUGAUCGUUUUGCUAUGAGAAGCAGCCCAAGUGAAAAGAGAGCAGGAAGUGAGUCACGAAGCACUGCUCCUCCUGCUUCGGUACCUCUGCAGACGAUGUUGAACACCGCCGUGCAGUAUCAGUGCCAUCAACGCACGAGCUGUGUUUCUAGCGCGGAGACACUUGGGCAAAGGAGCGGGACGCCCGUGCGCGUCGAAGGUGGGCUUACCCUCCGAGUGUUUCCAUCCCCGGCACGAUGUGCUGAAAAGGUCUCGACUAAGCAAGCCCCCCAACACCUGAGUGCCGCAUCAAAGCUUGGAACUGUCACCGUUUCCCCAGGUAAAUCAGCGUCCCCAGGUCGAUGCAAGGAGAGAGAUGCUAGCCACACCAAAUCAUUCUUGGAGAGGAACGGGUUUCGGAGUCACGUGACCAUCCUGACAGACCCUCGCAGCAGCACCGAUCUCUCCGUGCACAACAUCCCCGAUAUAUGUCUUGCACGCGGUGACAAGAGCAUCGAACAGCUGUGUGAGCACGAGUACCUUGACUAUGAAGUCAGCAGCCACCACCGAGUCGACUUCCCUAUGAUAGCUCCCGUCUCCAUACUACAGAACUCAUCGGGGAACAGUCGCCUCCACGACACCAAGACAUCAGAAGUUGCAAGACCACCGGCAGCUGCGGCGGCGCCAUGUAGGGUAAAGGCUUGUGGUGGCGAGACAGUUUGGGGCAUGGAAACAGCUGGUGACAGUGUCGCCACGGGCUGCAUCUCCCCCUUUCCGCUGCCGCCUGACGCGACUGUUGUAAAUCCGACCGCCGGCGCGCUCAGUGACGAGUCGCUGCGAAUGCCCCGCAACAUGACCACAAUGCUGUUUGUUGAUGCUAACCAGUCUGGUCGCCUUUCCUUCAUGCAGGCAGUACACGGAGAAACGUCCACCGCGCGUGAUAGCGAGGAGGUCGACAAGCCCGAGGUUAGCCUUGGCGUGUGCGCAACGCGCAAAAACCUCCCCACACGUCUUGUCCACUCAUGGCUGGACGCGAGUCACGUGAUUGACAACCACCGAGCCUUUAGGCCGGAUGCCUCUGCUGCGGCUGCCAGAAUGAGGUUGUCGAACGCGGAUCACUCAAGAAGCGUCGGAGUGUCCCACAGCGAGAACACAGAAAAGGAUGUCACCGCUGUUGACGAGAUGCCCAUGGACAGAAGUGACGAGUCAAGUAAAAAUGCAACGUCAGCGGGUAGCGAGACGGGUAAGAGCGGGGUCUUGGUGAGCCCCUCCACCGACCCGACGAACACUCAGUCUGCAGCGAACAUGCCGGAAUGUCGUUUUGCUCACCGCCCUUCCCUGCACCCAUACAGCUGCACCGGUGACGAUCACAACUCCUCAGUGCGCCGAGAGCAGCGCCCGCGACGCCACACGAUCCUUGACGUACCUGGCGUCCCCUAUGUCGCUUCGCCAGACAUCUCGCUGCACACUGACAUGCGGGAAGCGCAGCGGAAGGAAAAAGAGCGCGAACUGUUUGCCAUGCGUUGGGCGCAGCGAGGACUGAUGUGGCAGCGGCAGGAGAACGAGGCACAGCGAUACGAAGAGUAUCAAGCCCGCUUUGGUGCGGGAGAGAGUGUGUCUGGAUGCCCUAGAAUGAAGAAACUAAGUUUACAAGGUGCACCUAUUCUGCAACGGCCCGGCCCGUUGAACGACCCGAGGUCACCCAUGCCCAUGUGCCCACGCUCCCUCGGAUACUCUCCGCAGGGGCGGCACAACUAA